CGAGAGUCUGGUUUGCAGCGCGAUUGCGCGUUCGCCUUCCUGCUGCACAGCCUCGUUGAAUGAAUGCGCGAAAUUAAAUCAAAGAGGUCGUGGGUGAGUAAAAGGAAAGUGACUGAAACAACAACAGCGCUUGGUAUCCGAAGACAAGAGCCAGGAAAUGACAGCAACGCCGAGCAAUUGCGACCGGCAGUCGCUGACGACACUUUGACAGCUGCAGCGUAGAUUCCCUCGGGUACCGACUGCAGAAAAGUGAUGCACACGAGCAGCUCUUGGUGUUUACAUUGCGCAGUUGCUAUUUGGCGUCGGCGUAUUGUUGGGAGGCUGCUCGCGUCUUGGGCAAACUGUACGGCGAGCUGUGGCAAGCUGUGGAGACCCGCACGCGCCGUGUAUCCGCUGCAGCUUAUGUCGUCAAUAAUUA